AGGGUUUUUCUGUCCUCCACCUAUGUCCAUAAUAGCAUGAACCUUCAGAAAUCCUAAUUUCUCAAAUCUUCAGAAGACAAAGCAACACCAUCACCAAUUCUCCUACCCCCGUAGUCAUGGCCGCCACCGCUACCACUGCAGCUGCGCCACGUCAGCUGUCGCAGAAGGAGACGGACAUCCAGAUGAUGCUCGCUGCCGACGUUCACCUCGGCACCAAAAACUGUGACUUUCAAAUGGAACGUUACGUCUUCAAGCGCCGCACCGACGGUAUUUACAUAAUUAACCUUGGCAAGACAUGGGAGAAGCUCCAACUUGCUGCUAGGAUUAUUGUUGCCAUUGAGAACCCUCAAGAUAUCAUUGUUCAAUCUGCUAGGCCUUAUGGUCAGAGAGCAGUGCUUAAGUUUGCUCAAUACACUGGCACUCAUGCGAUUGCAGGAAGGCACACGCCCGGAACAUUCACCAAUCAGUUGCAGACAUCCUAUAAUGAGCCUCGUCUUCUAAUUCUGACUGAUCCAAGAACAGAUCAUCAGCCCAUUAAGGAAGGUGCUCUUGGAAAUAUACCAACUAUUGCUUUUUGUGACACUGAUUCUCCAAUGCGAUAUGUUGACGUUGGGAUUCCUGCCAAUAAUAAGGGGAAGCAUAGCAUUGGUUGUCUCUUUUGGCUAUUAGCUAGGAUGGUACUGCAGAUGCGGGGAACUAUUCGUCCAGGACACAAGUGGGAUGUCAUGGUGGAUUUGUUCUUCUAUAGAGAACCCGAGGAGGCCAAGCAACAAGAAGAAGAUGAAGCACCAGCUGCCCAAGAUUACGCUAUUUCGGACUUUAAUGCUGCUGGUAUUAGCAGCUUCCCUGCUGAUGGCCAAUGGCCUGCUGCACUUGAACAACCCUGGACUGAAGAAGCUCCACAACCAAUCCCAGCAGCUCCUGGUAACUGGGCCCCAGAAGCAACCGGAGAUUGGGGUGAGUCUGUUCCGGCUCCUCAAGUUGCUGCGGCUCCACAAGUUGUUGCGGCUCCACAAGUUGCUGCGGCUCCACAAGUUGCUGGGCCUCCUGCGGCCCAAACUUUUGCGGCUACCGGCUGGGAUUAGCUUUAGACAAGAGAUUUUGAUUAUGUGGUGUUAAAUCCAAGUUUUUCCCCGAGCUCAGGCGUUUCCCUUCCCAGAUUAUUUGUUAGAAAAGAAACAACGUUUACGUGAUAUUGAAUCUUAGUAAAAUUUUGUUUGUUGACAUAUUGAAGGAAACUUUUAUCAUUUAAGUGCAGUAAUUUAUUUGUUUCAUGAUUGGUUG